CUUCUCAUUUGUGUUGUUCAACGUCUCUUACCUGCAAAGACUCACACACUCACACAUACCAAAUAGAGAGAGAAAAAAUAACACAAUUACACAAAGCAAAGCAUAGCAUAGCGUGGCAGAGGAUAAAGAAAGGAUCAAACAAAGUAAAAAAAAACAGAGCACCUCUCUGUUCUUAUUUCUCUCUCUGUUCCUCUGCCCGCCCCAUAUCUUCUUCUUCUUUCCGAAGGUGCCCAGUUUCAAAUUUUCUUCCUUUCCUGCACCAUUUAUUGCCUCUUCUCAAGUUUCUUCAAUUUGGCUCAUAAUUUUGAACAUGGUAUUUGCCUUCUGAGUGCAAACCUGGAAGAUUGGUUUGAAAAAAUUAUAUAAAACAAUGACUUGGAAAAGCAGGGGAGACCUGCUUCCUAAAAGUGUUAUGUCUCAGAAAUGGAUGAUUUUUCUCUGUGUUGGAAGCUUCUGUGCUGGUAUGUUUUUCACCAACAGGAUGUGGACUAUUCCUGAACCUAAAGGACUUGCACGGACAACAGCUAUGGAAGCUGAAAAAUUGAAUGUAGUUUCAGAGGGUUGCAAUUCAAGAAUUUUGCAAGAGAAGGAAGUGAAGCGUGAAACCAAAGGCAUCUAUAGUGAGGUUUUCAAGACACAAAAUGCCAUACAAACCCUGGACAAAACUAUUUCAAACUUGGAGAUGGAAUUAGCUGCUGCAAAAGCAGCUCAGGAGUCUAUACGAAGUGGUGCUCCGGUAGCAGAAGAUAUCAAGAUGAGUGAAUCAUCUGGUAGGAGAAGAUACCUAAUGGUCGUAGGAAUUAACACUGCUUUCAGCAGCAGAAAAAGAAGAGACUCAGUUCGUGAGACAUGGAUGCCACAAGGUGAGAAAAGAAAGAAGCUAGAGGAAGAAAAGGGAAUUAUCAUCCGAUUUGUAAUUGGUCAUAGUGCCACAUCAGGGGGUAUCUUAGACAGAGCUAUUGAAGCAGAAGAUAGGAAGCAUGGAGAUUUCCUGAGACUGGAUCAUGUUGAAGGAUACCUUGAAUUGUCAGCAAAGACAAAGACAUACUUUGCCACUGCUGUUAACUUAUGGGAUGCUGACUUCUAUAUCAAAGUUGAUGACGAUGUUCAUGUAAAUAUAGCGACACUGGGACAAACUCUACUGAGACAUCGAUCAAAACCGCGGGUGUACAUAGGAUGCAUGAAAUCUGGGCCUGUUCUUUCUCAAAAUUUGCCACUUUCUUGCAGAGGGGUAAGGUACCAUGAACCAGAAUACUGGAAAUUUGGAGAGGCCGGAAACAAGUACUUCCGCCACGCCACAGGACAGUUGUAUGCCAUUUCAAAAGAUCUGGCUACAUAUAUUUCAAAUAACAAGCACGUUCUCCACAAGUAUGCCAAUGAGGAUGUCUCACUAGGUUCUUGGUUUAUUGGACUAGAUGUGGACCACAUAGAUGAUCGAAGACUCUGCUGUGGUACACCACCAGAUUGUGAAUGGAAAGCACAGGCAGGCAAUGUUUGUGUUGCUUCAUUUGAUUGGACGUGCAGCGGAAUUUGCAGGUCUGCUGAAAGGAUCAAAGAGGUUCACAAGAGAUGUGGUGAAGGUGAGAAAGCCUUGUGGAAUGCCUCUUUCUAAGUGGCAUGGCAGCUAGGAGUUCUUCCUAACUCAGGAGGAAAUAACCACACAGCUAUGCAACUAGGCUGCGAGAAUUUUCUUUUUUUCUUUUUGCAUAGUUUUGGUAAAGUAUAGAGAAUUUUCAUUUUACACGAGAGGCGAAGGAAAGAGGGGAGGGGAGAAAAAUAAAAAAAAACAAAAAAGAAAGAAAGAGAAAAAAAGGACUUUCCCCAUGGCCCUUCUGCAUUUUAAUAAAGGAGAUUGACCAUGGUAACUGCCAGAAUAGUAGGAAGCAUGGGAUAGUCCCACCCCACCAAUUCUUUGAUGCUUGAAGGGACACUCUAUGUGUUAAUAGUUCCAUAUACCUAUCAAGCUCCUAAUAAAUGUAGAUAUAGAUUUGGUUGGUUGUUGCUUCUUUUCCUUUCAUUUACUUCUGAGCUUUCCAUUUGGCCAAGCUGUGAGUACUAGUCAUAUUCUACAUUUGGCACGGUAUAGAAUAUGUAAUUCCAUAAGAGCAAAUUCACUAAGCUAGGUGACUGACCA